AUGGACACUGCUACUGCACAUGUUAUUUUGUACGGCAUCUUGGUGUUUUCUGGCAUUUCUGGAAACAUUGUAGUUCUUAUGAUGAUUAUUUCCUCAGCCAUGGAGAACCACUAUAUCCCACCUUCAGAUGUCAUCCUUAUGAACCUCUGUGCGAUAAGUCUUCUUCUUUCAUUUUUUCGAAACAUCUGGCUGUUCAUAGAAGACCUAGGCUUCUCCAUCCGACUUUCUUACAAUGGCUGCAAAGCCUUUAUGUUGAUUUGGGUGUGGUUAAGAACUGUUAAUGUAUGGGCCACCUUCUGUAUGAGCUUUUUUCACUUUCUUAAUAUCAGGAGUCAGCAUUUCAAGACAGCUCAAAAAAGAAAGAAAAUUAAUAAUGUUGGACUUAGUAUAACCAUAAUCUGGGCCUUUAAUCUACUGUACGCCAUUCCUGCCUAUGUAUACUCCAGCCAUAAUAGUGAUAAUGACACUGAGGUUCUGAUGGUCAUGAGUUCCAGCACCAGACCAUUGCUGGGUUGUGUUUGGGAUUUUCCCACACAAAAAUCAGGUAUUGCCUAUGCCAUGGCCACUCUUGUGAUACAUGAAAUCACCCCCAUCUUUCUGAUGGGGGUCAUUAACUUUAACAACAUUGCCAUCCUGAACCACCACAUCAGAGCUGUACGAACUGAGAACAUGGUUUCACAGUUUGCCGCUGAACGGAGGGCAACAAAGGUCAUACUGGUCCUGGUGAUGCUAUUUGUGUUAUGCUGGGGGUCAAAUGUGUUUGCUGUCAACUACUACAACUACAACAGAGGACAUUCUGCAAUGCCAGCUUUAAUUUUAGCAAACUUUGCUGCUUCUAUUUUUAUUGGUUUUAGUCCCCUAAUCCUUGUAAUGGGGCAUACCAAGUUACGUAACAGACUUAAGAAAAUGUUCUCUUUUUAG